AUGAGGCAGGAUGCUAAAGAAGGAAUGAUCCCCUCUGCACCGGAGGAGGAGGAGGAGGGCCAGACCCUCUCUGCCUGCUGCCUGCCAACCGCAGGCCUCCACCAGGCAACGGCCUUGCCUGUAGGACCCGCCACGUGGGACAGGCAGCACCACACUGGGGCGCAGUGCUCAGAAGAGCCCCCCCCCUACGCCGGGCACUGCCCCCACUACAAGUUUGCCCUGGGCCAGACCUACGGGAAGCUCACCUCGCAGCAGCUCACCGGCCCGGAGGGGGCGUGCCACGGCCAGCGUCUUCUGCAGCCCAACUGGUGCCCCCGUGCCCACCUUGACCUCCCGGAGGAGGGUGUUGGAGAGGGCCAUGGGGCAAACGCCAGCCUGUUCAGUUGCUGCACGAUCCCAGGAUAUACAGGGUUCAUCCCCCGGGCACAGCACUACUUUGCCAAGACCUACAGCCAGAUCUGCAAGGAGGCCGGGCAGGAGUUUGCCAGGCAGCUGGUGAGGGGCGCAGGUGGGAGGCAGGCACGCCCAGUCGCACUGACUCCACAGGAUGUCACGCCGGAGGUUGACCUCCCCCCUGGCGAGGAGAAGCCUCGCUUGGCCGCUUCGCCCCGAGGGCCCAGCUGUGCGUCCAAGCCACACCCAGCGCCUGCUGCAGUGGAGGAUGGUGGCCCCCAGAAAUAUUUCAUCUCGGGCUUCACGGGCUUCGUCCCCCGGGCCCGCUAUUUGAUCGGGGCGAGCUACCCAACCCUGUCCCGCCAGGCCUGGGCGGAAUUUCGACAGACGCUUCGGAAACACCAGCAGGAGGCCUCUCUGGAGGGCGGCGCCCACAGGAGGAGCGACGGACGAGCCCUCCCGCCACUGGUGGUGAAGACCUACCCCACAGACAAGGGCCUCCUGCCCCACUACCAGGGCUACGUGCCGGGCUACAAGUUCCGCUUUGGCCGCACCUACGGCCACCUGACCUACGACGCCCUGGGCCGGAGCACACCGGAGGAGAAGCUGACGCCCGGCCACCUGCCAUAG